AACAACUGCAAGCGAAGUAGAAUAAAAUUCUACCUCUCAGGAUUCAGUUUAUUUCGUCUAAAAUACGCGUCAAUGAACGAUAAUGUUGCCGUGCAUAAUCCAAAUUAUGAAACCUUCCGAGAGUACGUCUCCCAGGCGCUCAUUCACAGAUCAACCGACAGCCCUUCAAAGUCUCCCUUGCGGCGGAAAAGGAAAGCUUCUUCACAGCCAGAUAACUCAGAGAAGCCUCCGUUAGCUGAGCCUGAGACCUAUGGCCCGGAAGAGCUAGCAGAAUUCAUCGAUUAUAUUGCUGGAGAAGCAUUCAACUCCCUGCCAGAGGAAGUACAAUCUCUCUCUUAUUCCGCGCUUCAAGGCAGCGGUGGGCUUGCAGGUAAAUACGCUGAGCCACUACCGCGUCCAACGCUCGACAGCUUAACCGCCGCCGUGCCGUUUUCAGUCUCUGAAUCACUCUCUGUAUAUGGCCUUAUACCAGAUCCUUCUGAUUUCCCAACAUUCUUGAAUCCAAUCCUUACCGGAUACAUCUCAGCUGUGCAGACUAGCCCUCCAAAAUGGUCCAGUACGCGGGCCACAUCUUGCGAAAUAUGUGAACGCGAUUGGAUCCCACUGACAUACCACCAUCUGAUACCACGGGAGGUACAUGCCAAAGUGCUCAAGAGGAAGUGGCAUGAGGAAUGGAUGCUAAAUAGUGUCGCUUGGCUUUGCAGGGCUUGCCAUUCCUUUGUUCAUAAAAUGGCUUCUAAUGAAGAGCUAGCAAAGGAGUGGUACACAGUUGAGCUGAUUUUGCAAAGGGAGGAUGUCCAGAAUUGGGCAAACUGGGUUGCAAGAAUCCGGUGGAAAGCAAAAUGA